CCAGUCUACAUGCAUAUAGUUGUAUGCGUAUUUGUUGAUGGUGUAAUCAUAGCAGUGUAUUCAGGGGUUACACGGAGUUUUGAGUCGUAAUCGUGAUUCAAAACUCUAAAAUGGUUUUAGUUUAAGGAUGAUGUUUUAAAGUCUACUUUCUAUAAUGCUAAUUUCGAUUAUUUAAUCCAAGACUGUGCCUCAUCCAGAUAUGAAGAACAGUAAACAGUAUCUCCGAGUGACCGUACUAUUUGUGAUACUUUUGGAUACGAUGACCUGCCAAACCAGUGAGGACACGGUAACAUCAACAACACUUGAUCCCAUCAACUCACAGGCGAUCUCUUUUACGGAAAACAAGUGGUCAACAGAUACCGACCACGAGAAAACUGUCUCUGGCAAUACCCCUCAUUCUGGUGGACCAGUUACAGUCGGUUACCGCACUGUCACUGACAUAAACUCUGAUCAAACGGACAUCGUGUCAACGUCAGAAAUAAAACAUACCCAUCUGUCAACGUCAUUAACUUCACUGUCUGUUUUAUCUACAACGUCGUCCUCAGUGUCGACGUCGUCCGAAGCGUCAUCAUCACUUCAAACGUCCCAAGCUGUCCCAAAAAGUACAGUCAACAUAGUAACAUCAGCAUCAACAACAGAAACGACAGUAUCACCAAUAAAAGUUAGAGAAAAGGUUGGCAUUGACGCAAAUUCUUCAACCACACUGGAUGUGAAUGGUGUGAACAAAUAUACGCCUCCAACCAAACCGGAUGUAAAUGGCAUGAACAAAUCUACCGCCAAGCCGGAGAUUAAUGAAGUGAAAACAUCUUCGCCUGUUAACACACUGGAUGUGAAAGAUAUGAACAAAUAUAUGCCUAUUACCAAACCGGAUAUGAAUAGUGUACACAAACAUACCACUAAGCCGGAUAUGCAUGAAGUGAAAGCAUCUUUGCCUGGUACCUCACCGGAUGUGAAUUAUGUGCACAAAUCGACGGCCGACAUCACGAUAGAUAUGCAUGACGUGAAUAGAUCCUCAAGUAUCUUUUCGGAAGCAAACAUUGGAAACAACAGCUUCCUUACAGCAAAUAUUGGAACGACACCGGAACUUAAAAUGCGUCUUGAGGCCGUCAAUAAAACAAGUAAUACGGAAAGUGUAUCAAAAACAAUUGAGGCCGCCAACAGAACAAGUGAUCCAGCAACAAUGGAGGCCGCCAACACGACAGGUAGUUCGAGCAGUACACCGACAAUGAACACAUCCAAAACAACAGGUGAACGAACAACACUAGAGAUUGUCAACAGGACAGGUAGUACGGGCAGUACACCAACAACACUGAAAACCUCGAACAGAACAGGUGAACUAACAACACUAAAGAUUGUCAACAAGACAGGUAGUACGGGCAGUACACCAACAACACUGAAAAGCUCCAACAGGACAGGUGAACAAACAACAGUAGAGAUUGUCAACAGGACAGGUAGUACGGGCUGUACACCAGCAACACUGAAAACCUCGAACAGAACAGGUGAACUAACAACGCUAAAGAUUGUCAACAGGACAGUUAGUACGGGCAGUACACCAACAACCCUGAAAACCUCCAACAGGACAGGUGAACAAACAACAGUAGAGAUUGUCAACAGGACAGGUAGGACGGGCAGUACACCAACAACACUGAAACCCUCGAACAGAACAGGUGAACCAACAACACUAGAGAUUGUUAACAAGUCAGGUAGUACGGGCAGAACACCAACAACACUCAAAACCUCCAACAGGACAGGUGAACCAACAACAGUAGAGAUUGUCAACAAGACAGGUAGUACGGAGAGUACACCAACAACACUGAAAACCUCCAACAGGCCAAGUGAACCAACAACAGUAGAGAUUGUCAACAGGACAGGUAGUACGGGCAGUACACCAACAACACUGAAAACCUCCAACAGGCCAGGUAGUACGGGCAGUACACCAACAACGCUUAACACUGCCGGUAGAACAGGUGAUCCAAAACCACUGGGGGUCAUCAACACGACAGGAAGUAAGGACAGUACACAAUCAACACUGAAAACAGCCAGAAGAACAGUUGAACCAACAACACUGGAGAUUGUCAACAAGACAGUUAGUACGGGCAGUACACCAUCGACAAUGAAAGCUGUUAAUAGAACAGGCGAAGAAAUAACAUUAGAGGCCACCACGACGUUAGGUAGUACGGCCAGUACACCAACAACCCUGAAAAAUGCUAAUAGAACGGUUGGUGAACCAACAACAAUGGUAGCCGUCAAUAUAACAGGAAGUACUAAGAACACACCAACAUCAAAUCUGAGUGAAACUGUUAAUUCGGAUUCCACAUCUACUGUAACUAGAAUCGCAUCAACGGCUAUCACAUCGGUGUCUUCUGACAUUCAUGUUACAUCAACCAGCUUCUUACCUUCUACGCCAAAGACACCACGUACUUCAACGAACGGCAUGAAAGCUGGUACCGACUCGUUAACGACAGGAGGCAUCACAGAAAGACACAAGACAACAGUUCAAAAUGUCAGCGAAUCAACAGAACAACAGGUCAGCAAAAACGAACAGGUAUCUCUGGGUGAAAUAAACAUUACGACAGGAUUUGUUACAAGCAGAGUGACAUCGGUUACAGAACCCAAAGACAAUAGAACGACAACAGUGGAGAAAUCUACACAAUCUGUAAAUACCUCUCAAAACACUGACCGGACCACGACAGACCCGCAAUCUUCUGCUGACUCAAUCGUCCAGAUCAGACACCAGAUUGGUGAUGAGGAUGACGACACCUAUUGGCCAAUCGCAAUUGCUGUUACAGUCGGCGUACCCGUCAUCAUCGUGUUCGCCGUCACCAUAACCGUCCUUAACCGCAAGAGGUUAGAGCGUCCAAAUCGCUUAGCCACUUCAGCUUUCUUUUCAAAACUUGAGAAGGCCCACAAUGCAGCACUGUCGGGGUACAUCACACCGCCGACCGAGUAUGACGCAUGACGUCAUAUACGUCAUACCUCCUACAUGUAGAGAACGACGCGUGGCGUCACAUUUCACACAGCCGACGGAGGACAAUGCAUGACGUCAUACAUCACUCAAAGAUAAAAGUUGAAUCCUCCUAUUCGAAAUAUGAACGAGAGCAGAUUACUUAUAUUUCGUUCAUCAAUGAUACGGUACAAACUAAUAUAUGUUUAUGUAUAAACAAAUGUCAUAAAGAAGUGUAGCCCAGCGAACUAUGAUUCGAAAAACAGAAAGAGCUAGCGUAUAGCUGAGUGUUGAUUCACUGUGGUAAAGUGGUGACAAGAUUGAUAUUAGAUGGCCUUAGCUGCAAACACUUAAAAUUCUUUCUUCCUUUCAUUUUCUCUUCUCCACGAUAUUUGAUCAGAUUUUUAAAAAAUAAACCAAGUGUAAGUUUAGUGUUGAUUGGUUCCAUGUGAACCUCAACCUCCAAUGUUCACACUAACAAGGGUUACAUCAUAUUUGUCGACAACUAGUGAUAUUAAUGCAACUUGAUAGUGCAACAAUAUAUACAUUUUUGAGAAGAAGCAUCAAAAUUGGCAUAAAAGUAAAUGAUCAUACCUGUAUACUAAUAAAUU